AUGGCCACAGCAGCGAAGAAGGAGCUGCGGUCUCGCAUGCGGGAGACAUUGUCAAGAUUGAGCGAUGAGGACAUCGCUUCUCAGUCAGCAGAAGCUCAGAGGACCAUCAUCACUUUGCCACAGUUUCAGCAAGCAGACCGAAUCGGAAUCUAUCUUUCAAUGCCCAACAGCGAGGCUCAGACAGACACCCUGGUCAAAGCAUCUCUUCUCUCCGGAAAGUCAGUGUUCGUUCCUUACAUCUACUCUGUUGGUGUGGAGAAGCCGAAGCGGAAGGUCAUGGACAUGCUGCGACUAGAGUCCUUGGAUGAGUACUACGUGUUGGAUCGCGAUGCUUGGGGAAUUCCCAAGCUGCCAAAGGAAGGCAGGGAGAGCAGAGAGAAUGCCAUGGGCGGCGCAGGCCUGUCUAUUGCGGCAGAUGGUUCGGAGCGAGAGUUUGGCGACGAGAAACGCGGCCUAGACAUGAUCGUGGUGCCAGCUGUAGCAUUUGACCGCUCAAUGAAUAGAACGGGUCACGGUGCUGGCUUCUACGACCGCUUCCUCACUCGAUUUUGCAAGAGCAAGGCGCGAAACAAACCAUUUCUCGUCGGACUGUGUCUCGCAGAACAGGCCUUGUGCGCAGGCGAAGAGCUCCCCAUGGAGCAAUGGGACUGGAAAGUGGAUGCGGUUGCUGUCGGAAAUGGAACCGGCGGUGCAUUGUUGACUUGUGAUAGUUCUCAAUGA